AUGGACAUCGCCGACAAGAUCAGAGAAUUGAGCACUGCUUCCUCUCGCAUUCAAGAGCUGGAAGGACAAUUGGAAGUGCAAAGCAAAGGCUGGCACGCCUUGGAGGAGAAGCUUGCUGAGCAAAGCACAGACUCCAUGACUCUGCAACAGGCCAUCGGUGAACUUCAAGCGCGCAUUAAUGUGAUGGGGGCCCAGGCUCUAGCAAUGCAGGAAACGAUUGCUGCUCACAUACAAGCACUUGCAGAGUCCGACAGAGAGAAGGCUGAGUUGCGGGCAAAUUUGAUCAGCGAAGAAACACAGCGGCGUGUAUUGCACAAUCGGAUCCAAGAGCUCAAGGGCAACAUUCGAGUCUUUUGCCGUGUGCGUCCGGCACUACCACAUGAGCCCAUUGCGGACUCUAUUCGGAUUCCUGAUACGCCAGAUGAGGUAGAGGUUGUCAGUAGUGGUGCUGAAAUGAGCCUGUACGGCAAGGAAGACAAGACCUACAACUUUGGGUUUGACAAGGUGUUUGCCCCUAAAGCACAAAACGCAGAUGUGUUUGCAGAGAUUUCGCAAUUGGUCCAGUCUGCACUGGACGGCUACAAUGUUGCCAUCUUCGCGUACGGUCAAACUGGGUCGGGCAAGACGCACACAAUGUCUUCGCAAGAUGGUAUGAUUCCGCGAGCUGUGGAACAAAUCUACAAGGCGGCAACGGACUUGCAAAGCAAAGGAUGGGAGUAUACCAUUGAAGGAUCAUUUCUGGAGAUCUACUGCGAAAACAUGCGCGACUUGCUGAGCUCCAAGUCAACGACAGGAAAGCUCGACAUCAGACAUGAUGAAAAACGCAAGACUACUGUUGUGGAUGGCCUGACAACAGUCUCGCUCGACAGCGCGUCUGGUGUCGACUCAUUGCUUGCUCUCGCAGCGAAGAAUCGUACCACCGCCGCGACAGCUGCAAACGAGCGCAGUUCGCGAUCACAUUCUGUCUUUAUGCUUGCUCUCGAGGGCAAGAAUGAGGGCACGGGUGAGCGCAGCCGAGGUGUGCUCAACUUGGUCGACCUUGCUGGCUCAGAGCGUCUCAAUCACAGUCAGGCUGUCGGUGAUCGUCUGAAGGAAACGCAGGCCAUCAACAAGAGUCUGUCAUGUCUUGCAGAUGUGAUCCUUGCCCUGGGCAAUGACUCUGCCCAUGUGCCAUACCGCAAUUCGAAGCUGACUUACCUCCUACAGUACAGCCUUGGCGGCAACUCAAAGACACUCAUGUUCGUAAACAUCAGCCCAGCAAAAGAGCAUGUCAGCGAGACCCUCUGUAGUCUCCGCUUUGCCACGGCAGUCAAUAAGACAAUCGUCGGCACAGCCAAGAGUUCGAAGCGCUAG